GAACACCACACUUAUUACAACAUAUUUUACCCUUCAUCUUAUUACAACACAAGUUUCUAUUUCAGUUAUUACAACAAGCUUAUGCUGAUGGAUCUUAUCUCGGGUCUUAAUAAUGAUGUGGGUCGGGAGUGUUUGAUCCGGUUGCCUUAUGACACCUUCUGUUCUGCCACGUCAGUUUGCAAGACGUGGAAAGCUGAGGUGGAGCUGCCGGAGUUUUGGCGGCGCCGGAGAGACGCCGGAAUGACUCAACGGCUUAUCGUGAUGACACAAGCUCGGGUUGACCCGACCCGGAAACGAGGUGGGGUGAAGAACUCGGGGGUGCCGGCUUAUCGGUUGACUGUUUGUGAACCGGGUUCGGUUAGUUGGACCGAACUGCCUUUAUUACCCGGACACUUAAAUGGGUUACCCAUGUUUUGUCAACUUGCGGCGGUCGGGUUGAAUUUGGUUGUGAUGGGCGGGUUGGACCCGGUGACGUGGGAUGCUUCGACUGAGGUUUUUGUUUAUAAUUUCGUUAGUGCCACGUGGAAGCGUGGGGCCAACAUGCCAGGCUGUCCUAGGUCGUUCUUCGCUUGUGCGUCGGAUUCUAGGAUGGUGUUCGUGGCGGGAGGCCAUGAUUGUGAGAAGAAUGCGUUAAAAUCGGCUAUGGUGUAUGACGUGGCGGAUGACAAGUGGGUCCCACUGCCUGACAUGGCGAGUGAGCGCGAUGAGUGUAAGGGAGUCUUCCACCUUGGCAAGUUCCACGUCAUUGGCGGGUACCCCACCGAAUCGCAAGGCAGGUUCGGGAGGAGUGCGGAAGCGUUCGACGUUGCCACGUGGCAGUGGGACGAGGUUUGCGAGAAUUUCUUAGAAGCUGCCACGUGUCCAAGAUCAUACGUGGACAACGGAGAGGGAAAUGUGUACAAGUGGAGUUCCAGCUCAGGCGAGAUUAUGAUGACCAAUGACAGUGCCACGUGGCAAGUAGUUGCUGAGCUGCCAUCCGAGGUGUUAACUUCUACACACAUGACAGCGUGGCAAGAGAAGCUGAUGGUGAUUGGCUCACAUAGAUUUGGUGAGCCCCACAAAGUGUACACAUUGGAUUUGAAAAAUAGAAAGUGGACAAAAGUCGCCGCGCCGGAAGAAUAUUCCGGCCAUGUUCAAUCUAGUUGUCUUUUGGAAAUUUAGAGCUAAGUUGUUAUCUACUUGUGCUUUACAAAUUUUGAAAAGUUAAUGUAAAUAUACUGAGCUUGUAUAUCUUCUUGUUCUUUUUA